AUAUUUUUAUGGGCAACGAAAUUUCGAUUUGUUUUCUUUAUAAAAAAUCUAGAUUAAACAUAUUUUAUGGGUGCAAGACGACCACUUUUCCGAUCUUGUAUUACAUAUUAGGCAGAUAUAGAUUAUCAUGAAAGAAACCUUAUAGUAACUAGGCAAGUAGGUAGGAUAUUUGAUGACAAAAUCAAACAUAUUUAGGUACCUGUAAUCUGAGGAAGUGAACAUUUUAUUUAGCGAAUAAAUACUACGUGAAAAUAAUUUAUUUUAUUGGCUUAUCAUUCAUUAUGACAGCAAAACUAUGUGUAAGUUUGUUUCUGUAAUAAGACAAUUGUAUGUUUGUAAUCAGAAUGUAAGUAAUCAGUAGGUAGGUACCUAGCAAAGUUACUAUAGAUAACAUUAUGAGUUACUUACGAUGAAAUAAAAUUCACAAAUUGCGAUAUUGGAGCAAAACAUGAAAAAACUCUAUUUCAAUCUCAGAAUACGUUUGUUCUGUAUUCUGAGAUUUCAAUGAAUUAUUGUUGAACAUUAGGCGAGCACCUCAUUUACAAUUUAAAAAUUCACUUACGGUACUGUGCACCAUCAACCCGCCGGUACUGUUUCAUCUCGCCGAUUAAAUUACAAUGCUGAGAAUUUUAAUAACACUCAUUCAUCGUCGAAUCGGUGUAUAAUUCAAAUCUCUUUUUCUGUAUCAUCGUAAUUUACAUACGCUAAAUAAAAAGCGGUGUCAUCACAAAAGAUAUUUGGAGGCAAUAUAAACAUAAUAUCAAUUUAAAUUCCUUGUUAGUGGACCGAAAGCCGACAUUAUACUUGAAUGUCGUGGGUUCUGAUUGGCGGGGAAACGGGCCAAUGAGAUCGAAGAGGGUGCGCGGGGUGAGGGGAGGCAGCGGCGGCCGACGGGCGGGCCGACAUCGGGGCUCACCGGGCUCUCUUCGCCUCAGUUGCUCUCUACAUCUCAUAUCGAAGUGACGUGUACACGUAUACGUGGUGUUGUUAUUAUUGACUCUGAGAACUUUAAUUUGUUACCUCUCUGGUGGAAGUGAAAAUGCCGCGACCUUCGCGUGAAUCUUACGGGGAUCAAAAGCCGCCAUACUCCUAUAUCUCUCUGACGGCCAUGGCGAUAUGGAGUUCUCCGGAGCGCAUGCUGCCACUGUCAGAGAUUUACCGAUUCAUCACGGACCGGUUCCCGUACUAUAGGCGGAACACACAGCGCUGGCAGAAUUCUCUACGGCACAAUUUGUCGUUCAACGACUGUUUUGUGAAGGUGCCGCGGCGGCCGGACCGUCCAGGCAAGGGCGCGUACUGGACCCUGCACCCGCAAGCCUUCGACAUGUUCGAGAAUGGAUCACUGCUGCGGCGCCGCAAACGGUUCAAGUUGCAGAAAGGGGAGAAAGAUAAUUUGAGUGCAGAGCUGGCCGCUUUGGCGAGUUUCAACAGAGCUUUCUUGGCGCGUCAAGCGGGAGCUCCGCCGCCGCCGGCGAUGCCGACUGCUAGUUUGUACACGCCGGCGAUAUGUCCUCAGUUGAGUCCGGAGCCGGCGGAGUUGCCGGAGGUAGGCGGGAUGACGAUGCUGGUGCGGGAGAGGCCUCGGAGGGCGUUCACCAUUGAGGCGUUGUUGGAGCCCGAGCCACCGCGGUCGCCACCGUCGCCUCCGCAGCCGGUGAUGGCGAUGGCCCUUCCACCAUACGUGAUGGCAGCGCAGCGCUAUCACGCCGAACUACUGGCAGCUGCGCACGCGCUUCGCCCCUGUUACCUGCCACACCCGCUCCCCGUUGCGUGACAUAACGCGCACUGCCACACACACUCGUGCAAUGCUAGAUUGUAAGUACACAGCUGUAAUAAAACUGUUAUGACGCGGAUGUCAAUUAUAGAGAAACCUCCGAUUUGAGGUUUCACACCCUAAGUCCGAGGCCGCAUUGGCGGCGACUGUGACUCGACGGCGAUUUUGUGAAAACAAACUCAUGUAAACACACACUGCAGACGUUUCCGCUCGUACUUCGCCGCACCAGUGCUGCCUCGGCCUAUUUCUACAGGGCUGAAAAGCAGUCGAAUACCAAAUAAUGAAACAGCAUUUCACGUCAAUUGCAUUUACACAAAACGUUUUUUAUAAUUCAUUUAGAUCUAAAAUAGACUGAAUGACAGAUAUAGUAAUUAGGCAUUUUCUCAAGUGGUUUAUUUCUGUGUAGAAAGUGUCAUCACAAUUAUAGAGAUCUCACUCGUAGGUACUAAUAAAACUGAUAAGGUAGUGUUGUAAUACUUAUGUAUUUAUUAAAAAGACAUUCCGUCGCAUUCCUACUAUAAAAUUUUGAUAAGAAACCAAUUUUGAUAGUUUACAGUAGAGAAUUAUAAUUAAAUAAUAAUAAAAAAUAUAGCUUUCGUUAUGUUGAUGUUUGUAAAUAUGCUUCUUCUUGAUGAUAAUAAUUUUAAUGUUUGUAGAUACUUUAAUGUAAAUUAGAAAGUUGUACCUACAUUUUAAAAUGUUAUUUAUUGUAGCUAAGAAAAUAAUGAUUUAAAUUUUAUUGUUUAUUUUGACAGAUCCCUAAUUUUAUAAUUGUAAAUAUUGUUUUGUUGUAAUAAUGAAAUUGAUAGGAAUAUUAAAUGAAAUUAUCAUUACAUGA